UGCUACUAGCCAUGCUUGAAUGCUUCAUUCCUUGUCCUGCUUGUCAGUAAUUUGGAAUCAUUAAACAAUAAAUAAUAAAAUUGUUAAUAUUUAUUUUGAUUGUUGCAACUGCGAUUCUAUUUGAUAUUUCUUAUUUAAUUAUUUUUUUUUUCUAAAUUAUUAUAUUAUAGUAAUUAGUUUAUACUUCAUACCUAACUACUAGGUAGCACAGAUUAAUGAGGUGGAAUAUAAUAUUGCUCCAGUUAUUAUUGUAAUCAAAAUCUUCUUCAGGUCCUCCCGAAAUUAUUCAACGACUUACGGUCAAUCUGUGUAAAUUUCAAAAUGAAACACAAAAUUUGUAUGGCAUCAGAUUUUUUUUACCCAAAUAUGGGCGGAGUGGAAGAACACAUAUUCAAUUUGUCACAAUGUCUUUUAAUGAAAGGAUAUAAAGUUAUUGUCUUAACUCAUUCAUACCAAGAUAGAGUUGGAGUACGCUACAUGACAAAUGGAUUGAAAGUAUACUAUUUACCAAUUAAACCAUUCUAUAACCAAUGUGUUUUACCUUCAAUGGUUUCUUCUUUACCAUUGAUUAGAUAUGUCUUAGUUCGUGAACAAAUAACUAUUAUACAUGGACAUUCAGCAUUUUCAACUUUAGCUCAUGAAACAAUGAUGAUUGGUCGUUUACUUGGCAUCCAAACAGUAUUCACAGACCAUUCACUAUUUGGAUUUGCAGACACUUCAGCUAUUAUAACAAACAAAUUUUUAGAAAUGUCAUUAGCUGAUUGUAACCAUUGCAUUUGUGUAUCACAUAUUGGUAAAGAAAAUACAGUAUUACGAGCUCGUGUUAACCAUCACAGAGUUUCAGUCAUACCAAAUGCUGUUGAUACAACAGCAUUUGUUCCAAAGUUGGAAUUAAGAGCAAAAAAUAAAAUUACGAUUGUUGUGGUUAGUCGUUUGGUUUAUAGAAAAGGUGUUGAUUUGUUAGCUCAAAUUAUUGCUGAUGUUUGCUUAAAAAAUCAAAAGGUUCAAUUUAUUAUUGGUGGGGAUGGUCCUAAACGUGAACUACUUGAAGACAUACGUAACAAUUUGAAUAUUGGUGAACAAGUAACAUUACUAGGUAGCUUGGAGCAUUCACAAGUAUGCAAUGUACUUAAUCGUGGACAUAUAUUUUUAAAUACAUCUUUAACAGAAGCAUAUUGUAUGGCUAUUGUUGAAGCUGCUUCUUGUGGAUUAAAGAUUGUUAGUACAAGAGUAGGUGGUAUACCAGAAGUAUUACCUCCAGAACUGAUAAUUUUAACUGAACCUAAUGUUCCAUCUAUACUCCAGGGAUUAUAUAAAGCUAUUAACCAAGUAAAUAGUGAACUUGGUGUUCCACCAAUUGAAUGUCACCAAAAAGUGCAAUCACUGUAUAACUGGAUGAAUAUUGCCAAAAGAACAGAGAUAGUAUAUAAUAUGGUAUCAUUAGAAUCGCCAAAAAGUUUAGGAAAACAAUUGCGCAGUUACAUUCCAACUGGAGUAUAUCCAUUUCUACUAGUAGUAUCAUUUAUGCAUAUAUUGUUAAGACUUUUGGAUUGGUGGAUUCCACGUUCAGAUAUAGACCUGGCCAAGGAUUAUAAAAUCAAGGAUAAUAGAGUAAAUCCUAAUUUGCCAGUUAUUGAAAAUUGAUAACACACAUUUUGUUAAAUUUUAAUUUAUUCUAUAAAAUGUAUUUUAAAUUUAACAGUUUUAAAAUAAACUUAUUUAUGGACGGA